AUGGCUAGCUCGCAGUUGCAGCUGCCGGUUACAACUGGCACGAAAUUGAAGCAGAUAGAGCAGGCAAAGGAAAUGCAAACGCUCGUGGAGGAGAGAGCACGCCGAGCUGGCGGAGAGCCUCCCCCGUACGAGUUCCUCGAAUUGAUUGGAAAGGGGUCAUUCGGUCGUGUGUUCAAGAGCAAGAGCCGCAAAACAAACGAGCUCGUUGCUGUAAAGAUUCUAGAUGUGGACAAUCCAGACUACAUCGGAGACAACACACUCGACGAAACACUCAAGGAGAUCAGCGUGCUCCAACAACUGAGUAUUAGCAAUGCGAAACACUACGUCAACAUCAUUAUGGAAGCGCUUCCAGUGCACAACGAGCUGUGGAUCGUCAGCGAAUACUGUCCUGGAGGCAGUGUCUACACAUUGAUGAAGCCGACACUGAUGACUGCCGCUCCUGGUCUCGAAGAAAAAUAUGUAAUAGCGAUUGCUCGUGAACUUGCCUCUGCUCUCAAGUUCAUCCACGAAGCAAGCGUUCUUCACCGAGAUCUCAAAUGUGGCAAUAUCUUGAUAUCCGAACAAGGAAGAUUGCAGCUAUGCGAUUUCGGAGUAUCUAACGUGCUCGAACCUCAGAUCGCCAAACGCUCUACAAUUGUCGGGACUCCAAACUGGAUGGCCCCCGAGCUCCAGAGAGAAUGGGUCAAAGACAUAGAUCGGAACAACCCACUGCAACCACAGCCUAUCCUUUACGGAUCAGAGAUUGACGUGUGGGCUUAUGGUUGUACCAUCUUCGAGAUGGUCACUGGCGCGCCGCCUUUCCAUAGGCUACCGCCGGAGAAGCUACCUGAGCAGGCACCACCAAGGAUAGAAGGCGAGAGAUACUCAGAGGGUAUUUGCCAACUUGUGGCCUACGUUCUCGAGGGCCGGCCUAAAGACAGACCCACCGCAGAUCAAAUCCUCGAGCACCCCUACCUUGCCGAUACAUCACAAACCCAUCCGACCAGCAUGUUGAAAGAACUCAUUGAACGUUACAUCAGAUGGGAGCAGGGAGGUGGCGUUCGUGCGUCGCUGUUCAACAUGUAUGGCGCCCAGGCUCCGGACCCCCUUGAGCCUCAUGACGAGGACGAAGAUGAGGAUGAUUGGAACUUCAGCACCACAGAUGAAUUCGACCGCCGAUACUCUCGUUAUUCGUUAUCUGACCCAUUCGGUACCGGUUCUGCGCAACAAACCAUCACCAGGUACAAGCUACCCAAACCAGACCCCGACGACCGGUUCGGACAGCUCCUCCAACGCCACCAGGAACAGGCAGCGGAGCGUGGAAAGAAGAGACUGGAUCGUAUCUUUGAUCCUAAUUUAACACCGUACAGAAACAGCAUCACAUCUGAGCGACCUCCUUCGGACCUUAUUCUUCGCGACUUCAAUCCCGGAGUUCCAAACCGAGAAACUGUUAUCGAUCUUGACUUUGCGGCACCCGUCGUCAGGGAAGGGCCGCCUAUUGACCUAGGAGAGAUUCCUACUCUAAAAGCUAGAGGGCGAACGAUUCGGGAGCUCGAUGAGGAAGAAGAAGAGCAGUACAACUACUAUGACCAAGAUCAAACAGCGCGACGGGCAACACAGGAUUGGAAUUUUACUAUGGCCCAAGAGGAGAUUACCGCGCGACGAACAACGAAAGAAUGGAAACUACCAAAGCCGAGAGAAGAGAACAUAAAUCGUCAGACAAUCGAAUGGACGUUCCCAAAGGUGGAACCCGAAGAGGACCCUAAGCCACCAGAAGACUUGAGUCUUCCUAUCCUCACGGCCCCUCUGGAUCACAAUCGUCGGACGACCCGUGAUUUUGUCUUUCCGGCCAGAGAGCCAGACGCGCAAGUCAGCAGUAUGUCCGACCAAGGUCCUACUCUUCAUGCGUCACCUACUCUUGGAGCUGGAUUUCGACCACAGCUACGCCACGUUGCAACGGAGCCCAUUGGUGCUGCAUUUGAAGAUUUUCAGCUUAGCUCAGCUCCAGAGUCGCCACUACGAACGUCCAUGAUUGAUCUUGAUAUGGCCUACAUAGCAGAAUCCCAGCGACCUUCGACCGCGAACUCCGCGACUGACGCAGAUGCCACCAAUGAGAAUCCAUUCAAUCUAGAAGAUCAGGUCAAGCGCACUUCCACCAACAACCGGGCGUCGUUCCAUCGCCCAACUCAAUCUGAGCCUAUGCAGCAGGUCUUGGGUCUUUUGACACCUAGUGACGAAGAUCCCGAACAUGGAUACGGCUCGGACCAGGACCAAUCAUCGUAUCACGGUAGUCUUCACACACGAGGCGCGUCAGUCUCCCAGCAAGACAUGAAACCGCCUCCUAGCAAUAUCCGGCAACGCCCACAUCAAUCCCAUCAUCAGCCAUCGGCCUGGGAUACAUGGAACCACAAUGCAGCUUAUGACUCGGAGUACUCAACUUCUAGCCCGCCACCAUCCUACAAUACCGAUCUUUCUGCAGACGACGACGAAUCGUUGGACGAGCUAUGGGACCAGAUUGAAGCCUUGACGACUGGUGAUCUCAGUCAAUGGCCUCCACGCCGCCCUCGUCGCUCGCCGAGCCAGGACAAUGAUAUCGCUAAUCUCCCAUCCGACUUGGACGACUUUCCUCACGCAUCGUCUGAGACAAUCCUGGACACCCUGACCCAGCCAGGCAUGGCCUCUGCGCCGCCGCGAAAUGGCCUCCGUGCCCCUCCUGGUCCUGGUGGCAGGCUGACAGUCAAUUUCCCUAUUCCCCGAGGCCCAGAUCCGGAGGUUCUAGCUAGCGACACGGAUCCCGAUUUGAUGGCCAAGGAGAUUCGCAGAUCGACGUGGGAAAUGUACAACGCGCUGCACGUGACGCAUCAAGCCUUUUCUGCAGUCAAACGACUCGGUAUUGGCGAUGGUGAUGAUGGUGGACUCGGUAGCUCUAGCGGGGACGGAGGUGACGAGGAUGAGGAUGACGGGGGUGAGGGUGGCACUGUCAGGCUGGCGAGUACAGCUAACAGGUAAGCGUCUUCUUUUUUCUUGGCGUUGAUGGUUGGCUGCGGCUAUGGCUGUCGCAGCUCUAAGAUGGGACUUUUCUUGGGCGCUGAUGGAAGGCGGGCCCAGUUGGCUGCGGCUAUGGCUGUCGCAGCUCUAAGGCAGGAUAUGCUUUGGAAAAGGAGAUGAGAUUAUGCGGUGUCUUGGGGGCCUUCUCAUGGGCAUUAGGUGUAUACUACAAUUGAUGAUUUACUACGUGAU